CAAAGCAAGAUGCCAGCAUGACAGGUGCCUUGGUGCAAACCAUGUGCAGGGGCCCAGCGCAUUCAGAUUCACAAUAAGGGACUAAUGGAUUAUAAAAGAUGAAAUAUUUCUCCUUCCUAUUGAUCUGCUUUCUGCUGCCUGAGAUUCCCCUGCAAUUUUCAGUUGUAAAUCACUGUGCAGCGACAGGCCACCCCCUUCCUGUUCCCUAUUGGUCGCGACCAUCCGACGAUUUGCAUAUCGCCAUUCUGAUUGGCCGGAUGGUUAUACAAGACUUUACAUAAGCCUGGCAGCGCCUCUUGAGUUGUAUAAAGCCGGGGAAGGGCACGGAUUGGUCCAAGCUUGUGGGAAACUUGUGAACUCUUUAGCAAGAAAACUGUGGAAGGAUGCUGCCUGCUGAUUUCUUUCUGCCUAUAUCAAAGAUGAUGCUUCUUGCAUUAUUGCUUUCUAUAAUUAUCUGUUGUGGAGGAGCUCAACGCUCGGAGCCCAUGUUCACAGCUGUGACCGAGACAGUUCUUCCCCAGGAUUAUGAUAGCAACCCAAACCAACUAAACUAUGGAGUUGCCAUCACAGAUGUGGACAGUGAUGGAGACUUUGAAGUGGUAGUGGCUGGCUACAAUGGACCAAACCUAGUGCUGAAAUAUAUCAAGGAGAAAGGUCACCUAGUCAAUAUAGCGGUGGAUGAACGAAGCUCUCCAUAUUAUGCUUUAAGAGAUCGCCAAGGCAAUGCCAUCGGGGUCGCUGCCUGUGAUAUUGAUGGAGAUGGAAGGGAAGAAAUCUAUUUUCUAAACACAAACAAUGCCUUUUCAGGUAUAGCAACAUACAACGACAAGCUGUUUACAUUUCGAAAUGGGCGCUGGGAGGACCUUUUUAGUGAUGAGGUGAAUCUCAAGAGGGGAGUAGCCAAUCGGUUUUCCGGACGCUCAGUGGCUUGCAUAGACAGAAAGGGCUCUGGAAGGUACUCUUUCUAUGUUGCAAACUAUGCAAAUGGUAAUGUGGGAUCACAUGCUUUAAUCGAGCUGGAUGAAACUGCAAGCAAUUUGUCUCGAGGGAUCGUUGUGUUGUCCAAUGUAGCGACAGAACUUGGUUUAAACAAGUACACAGGAGGGCGUGGUAUAGCUGUUGGGCCGAUUGUCAGCUCUGCUGCCUCAGAUAUCUUCUGUGACAAUGAGAAUGGGCCAAAUUUUCUCUUUCAGAACAAAGGAGAUGGAACCUUUGUGGAUAUAGCAUCUAGCGCAGGAGUGGAUGAUGUUUAUCAGCAUGGACGAGGUGUAGCACUUGCUGAUUUUAAUCGAGAUGGUAAAGUGGAUAUUGUGUACGGAAACUGGAAUGGACCCCAUCGCCUCUUCCUACAGAUGAAUACAAAUGGAAAGGUUCGCUUCCGGGAUAUUGCAACACAGAAGUUCUCCAUGCCAUCGCCUAUACGCACGGUCAUUGCUGCUGACUUUGAUAAUGAUCAAGAACUUGAGGUCUUUUUCAAUAACAUUGCGUAUCGGGGGCCAUCUGCAAAUCGUAUGUUCAGGGUUGGAAGAAGAGAACAUGCUGAUCCAUUCAUGGAAGAACUCAAUCCGGGAGAUGCCUCAGAACCAGAUGGUCGAGGGACUGGGGGAGCAGUGACAGAUUUUGAUGGAGAUGGAAUGUUGGAUCUAAUCUUGUCCCAUGGUGAAUCCAUGGCCCAGCCUUUAUCUGUGUUCAAAGGAAAGCAGGGCCUGAAAAAUAAUUGGCUCAGAAUAAUACCACGCACAAAGUUUGGUGCUUUUGCACGUGGAGCAAAAGUUGUCCUUUAUACAAAGAAGAGUGGAGCACACCUGAGAAUUAUUGAUGGUGGAUCGGGCUACCUAUGUGAGAUGGAACCUGUAGCUCAUUUUGGUCUAGGAAAGGAUGAAGCUAGCAGCCUAGAGGUAACGUGGCCUGAUGGCAGGAUAUUUACCCGAAGUGUUGCCGAAGGGGAAAUUAACUCUGUACUGGAAAUUCCCUACCCACAAGAAGAUGACAUUGUAACUAAACCAACAGAUAUUGAGGUGUGCGGCCAGGGUUUCUCAGUGAAUGAAAAUGGACGUUGUGCAGAUACAGACGAAUGCAUACAGUUUCCCUUCGUGUGUCCCAGGGAGAAGCCAGUCUGUAUCAACACAUAUGGAGGAUACAAAUGCCGACCCAAUAGAAGAUGCAGUAGAGGGUUUGAGCCGAAUGAAGAUGGAACUGCUUGUGUUGAUAUAGAUGAAUGCACCCUUGGCACCCAUGAAUGUACUCAGCUCUGUGUUAAUUUGGAGGGAUCGUACAUGUGCAAAUGCCACUCAGGCUUCCAUCUAAAAUUGCCCUCACUGGGUGAAUGUAUUGAUAUAGAUGAGUGUCUGCAGCAGCCAAAGCCUUGUGACCAUAUCUGUCAUAAUGAUCCUGGGUCCUUUCACUGCCAUUGUUACAGUGGCUUUACCCUUGCUCCAAACGGAAGACGCUGCAUCCAGCAAAAAUAGCUCAUAGGUCUGCUCUUGUCUUCAUACCAUGGAUUUAUACUAGGGGAAACUUCUGAUUACCUUUUUAACUUAGCUUUGCUACACCAUACAGUACAUCUUCCAUAAAAAGUAUAGUUUAACAGAUUUCUUGUUGCAUUGCCUUUACAUUUUGGUUGAGAAAACCCAUUGAUAAUCAUUUGGCCAUGGAAUGUGCAGCAGUGUGUGAAUUCAUAGACAUAUUUACACUAUACAGUAUAUUUCAGUAUCAAUUCAUGGUUCUGAUUUACCUGAUUUAGGUGACUAGUUGAAACCCACGUGUUCCAAUGGUCGCUGCAAAAGUGACUAAAGAAAUCAGGAGAGCCACACGAGAGCUCUUUCAUUUCAGGUGGACAAUUGAAUAAUAUAGAAAUAUUUACAUGUACUGUAUAUUUUAUGAUAUUUCUGCUGAAAAUGUAUUCUGCUUAUUUUAUAAAAAAAUAAAUAAAAAGUCAAACAUUUUUUAAUAUCCAUAUUUUAUAAUUUUUAAAGGAUCAUCAUCAUUUUAACCUUUACCAUCUCCCCUCCCUUUACCUGUAACCAAUUUUAAAUAGAGAUAAUAAAGUCUGAGUUAACAACCCCCAUCUUUCCCCUUUUUGUUUGUUAUAGUGCUCCAAUUCUUGCACCUGUACCACUGGUAAAUGAGCCCUCUUUACUUUCUGUGUGUUCGUUUACUUCUUAUUUAGGGGCAUCUUAUGGGAAGAAAACACUUUCUAAAUAUAUUCAAUUAUGUACUUUAAUAUAAUACUUUUCAAAUAAUUUGUAAUUGUUAUGUUGCACUAUGGUUAGCUAACGAUCAGUUAUUCCCUACUAGUGAUGGGCGAAUUUCUCCCGUUUCGCCACGAAAUUUGCAAAAAACUUGCAAAAAAUUCGCAAAAUUGAUGCUGUCGACAACUUCAAAGCCAACGAUAUUGGACGCCUAUUAAAAUCAAUGGUCGUCCAUCUAAAUAAUUGCAGGCGUUGGUACCGUCGCUGGCAUGAAAGUUUUUUCACGGCAAAUUCUCAAAUUUAUUAGAAAUUUAUUGGAUAUUAGUCACAAAUUCAUGCCUGCUGAAUAAAUUCACCCAUCACUAUUCCCUACACUUAUCGGUUAUUAUGAACCCAACCCAGUCUAAAAUCAUUUUCUACUGUAGGACCGCUCCUGAUUUCUCUCUGAUUAAGGAACUAUAUUGAAUAUAAGGGUGGGUUUAGGCACCAUAGUGCAGGGGCCAACACUGUUACAUCACAUAAGGGGACGCAGCUUGUUUGAAGGUUGACCUGCCCCCACUCCAACUCACAACUGGGGCUCACAUACUGUGCCCAAUCUAGCCCAACACUUGGGGGUUCAAGUCAAGCUGCAAAUCUAUUAGCAAAUGUUGAUGUGAUCCUUUUAAAUAGGGAUUUGAAUAAAUGUCAUCAAGUUUUUGGGUUGUCCAUAUGUACUCCAGGAAAGCAGUCAAUUACUGUUGUGCCAGGCCACAGCUAAUUACUGAACAAAUCAAGCCAGGAUUCCAAACUGCAGUGGAGGAAUGUUGAUUUAGUUGAUCAAACAGCAUUUCCUCUCUCUCUCUUUUAGAUUUCUUUCUAUUUGCUAGGCUAAAAUAAAAACAAUCAUGUUAUAUAUUAGAUUGUGUAAUGUUGGUUUCUCUACCAUUUUUCCUUUUCACUUAUAAAAUUAGAAGUUUGAAAAGAUGAGCUUUAUGCAACUUCAUUAUAACCUACCGAUACAAUGAGGGGGAACUGAAAUAGAAUGUUUGUUGUUUCAAUAAAUUUAAUGCUUGGAUAAGGUU